ACUUGUUGAAUGCUUACUAUGGGAUCUGGAUCCUCCCGGCAAAUCCCCACCCCACCACUUACUCAUGGGAUGGAUAAUCCAGAGCACAUCACUCAUCCCCCAAGAGAGAUGCCUCAAAGGGAAACAAGACUGAACAAAGUCCUCGGUAUUAAGUGCCUCAUAGGUGCUUGGCCCCUUGCUAAGUGCUUAGUAAAUUCCAGAGCUGUAGGUAAAACCUGCCUGCUGAUCAGUUAUACAACCAAUGCAUUUCCUGGAGAAUAUAUUCCCACUGUCUUUGACAACUAUUCUGCCAAUGUUAUGGUAGAUGGAAAACCAGUGAAUCUGGGCUUAUGGGAUACGGCUGGACAAGAAGAUUAUGACAGAUUACGCCCCCUAUCCUAUCCACAAACAGAUGUAUUCUUAAUUUGCUUUUCCCUUGUGAGUCCUGCAUCAUUUGAAAAUGUCCGUGCAAAGUGGUAUCCUGAAGUGCGACACCAUUGUCCCAACACUCCCAUCAUCCUAGUGGGAACAAAACUUGAUCUUAGGGAUGAUAAAGACACCAUUGAGAAACUGAAGGAGAAGAAGCUGACUCCCAUCACCUACCCGCAGGGUUUAGCCAUGGCUAAGGAGAUCGGUGCUGUAAAAUACCUGGAGUGCUCAGCUCUCACACAGCGAGGCCUCAAGACAGUGUUUGAUGAAGCUAUUCGAGCAGUUCUCUGCCCACCUCCUGUCAAGAAGAGGAAGAGAAAAUGCCUCCUCUUGUAAAUGCUCAAGUCCCUCGUUCUUGGCCCUGACCCUUGGAACCUUUGUACGCUUUGCUCAAAAAUGGUGGAGCCUUCGCACUCAAUGCCAAGUUUUUGUUACAGAUUAAUUUUUCCAUAAAACCUUUUUGAACCAAUCAGUAAUUUUAAAGUUUUGUUUGUUUUAAAUGUAAGAGUUCAAACUCACAUUCUAUUAAAAUUUAGCCCUAAAAUGACAAGCCUUCUUAAAGCCUUAUUUUUCCAAAGCCCCUAUUCUUGCUCAGAUUAAGAGUUGCCAAAAUACCUUCUGAACUAAGUUGCAUUGUUGUGCUAAGAACACUAAGCACUAAACUGUUUAAAGACCUUUGUUUUUAAGAAGACUAUAGCUUCUGAAGUUAGGAGAUGCAGACACUUUCUAAGUGGUUUUCAAAUGUGUAAAUCAGAACAGCCUCUUAAUGAAAUGUUGCCAUUUAAUGCAUCAAUAAUUUAUCAACCCAGGUUCAUUACAUAACAUUGUACUGUAUGUCAUAAUGGGAUGAGUGGAACAAUUCAACUCUGAAUCAGUCUUUUUGAUUUUGUAGUGAAUUUUUUAAAAGAAAAUUAGUUAACUAGCUUUUGCUGAUACUUUGAACAGAACUCUUAUUCAUGUGUUUCCUCUAAUGAAGUAUUCUGCUCUUAGCUGUGGGUGUGCUGGGGUGGAGUGUGUGGAACACUUGAUGUGAUCAGAGGAUGAAGACAGUAUUUUGACAAAAGAUGAAGUGGAGAUGAAUUUACACUACAUUGUACAUGGGAUAAUUAAACUGAAUAAAAGUGUCACGGGUAAAAAUUUUAAAAGGUUAAUUUCUGUCAAACGCAGAUGAUGAUGAUGAAUGGUCGGUAUUAUCAGUAAGUGUUUUCUUAAGCUUUUCCUUUUUCUUUUACCUGCCAUCCCUGCCAAAAUUGGGCAUUUAAUUCAUCUUUGAAAUGGUCAUUCCCAUAGUUGCUAACUUAGUAAGUGCUUUUCUUAUAGAACCUCUUCUUAAUGAGCAAUAUGCCUCCUUGUAUUAUAAAACCUUUCUUAAUAAUGCAUUAGAAAUUUUUUUUGUAGAUUAGUAAAAGUGCAUUCCUGUUUUCUUGUUACUUUAUUCAAAGCUAAUUAAGUGCUUUCCUUAGUUUUCUAGUAACUAGGUGUAAAAAUCAUGUGUUGCAGCUUUACAGUUUUUAAGAUUUUAAAUAUUAUUAAACUAUGAACCUACUUAACAUCACUGUCUUGCCAGAUAACCAACACUGUCACUUGACUAAUGCUGACCCUCUUUACCUCACCCACAUGGACACAUGCUUCCUGUCAUUGCUUUGCCUAACAAUGUUCCUUUGGGCCUGUGAGGUUCUGUAAACUGUGCUAGUGCUAACAAUUGUUCUGUACAACGUAACUCACUGGCAAGAAUACAAAUGUUGGACCUUUCAACCACUACAACAAAAUUUUUUAAAUUGACAGUUGCAGAAUUGUGGAGUGUUUUUACAUUGAUCUUUUGCUAAUGCAAUUAGCAGUAUGUUUUGCAUGUAUGACUUAAUAAAUUCUUGAAUCAUA